UACUGUAACUUCGGACGAAGCCAGAGUUUGGUAUCAACACAGUCCUAAGACUGAACACUUAAGAAAAAAGAAAAAGGCAUACAAUUAAUAUAACUAUGGCACUUUAUAAACUGAAGAGAGGAGGGGCCUUUGUUGGGACACUUACAGUUUUCUUUUGUUUAAGCUUCUGGUAUUACUCAAUUCCACACAAGACAAUGAAGAUCCCAACAGAAAAUCCCCCAAAAACUUCAGAAAUCCAGAGGAAGGUUGAUGGAAUUUUAAGCCAAAUAGAGAACAUGAUAACAAAGGUUACUUUAUUGCAUAAGGACAACACCACAUGUGCUGAAAAAAGCAAAGCCACCAUUGUAAAUCCUAAAAACAGUUACUGUGUCGGGGACAAUCUGGUUGUACAAAUUGACAUGUUUGACUAUUUGGGUAACAGAAAAAAAUAUGGAGGAGACUACCUAAGAGCAAGAAUCUUUACAAAAGUUCUUAAUGCAGGAGCAAGUGGAAGGAUUGAAGAUUUUCAUAAUGGAACUUACCAUGUUCAUUUCACUCUCUAUUGGGAAGGUAAAAUUGAUUUGUCUAUUCUUCUCAUACACCCAAGUGAAGCAAUAUCAGUACUUUGGAAUAUACGAAACUCUUGGUAUGGUAAUGUAGAUUACAGUGGCAAAUUUACAAAUCAAAAUAAGCAAACUGAAGCAAAGUGUGGAUUUGAUCUCAAUAAAUCAGAGGAACUUUGUGAAUAUAAUGACCAUAGAGAUGAAGAAUAUUUUUACUGUAUGAAACCUCCGAACUUUGAGUGUGACAUGCUUACAGAGAUGAAAAGUUGGAUUACUGGUCGUUCGAAACUGACAGAGCAUGAAGCAAGCCUCUUUGACAAGUCCAGCCUCAGAGUGGAAAUACUAAAAGACUUUGAGAGUGUUACUGUAACCAACUGUAAGAAUAAUUCAGACACCAAAAACAAGGAAAGAUGUAGGAUUGGAAUGAAAUUAGAAUAUCCCAGUGGUCAUUCUAUGAAUAAUGUUUGGAUACCUCAUGCAUGUAGCAUGAAGACUAACCACAACUUGGAAGAACUUAAUACAUGCAUGCAAGGAAAGGUUAUAUACAUAUUGGGAGAUUCAACCCUGCGACAGUGGAUGUUGUACUUUAAAAGUAAACUGAAUGAAUUGACAGUUUUGAACCUUUAUGAAAGUGGCUGGGCACAAAAGAUUUGGGGCAUUGAUGUAAAGAGGAAUAUGAGAAUAAGCUGGAAAAGACAUGGCAACCCAUUCAUUAGCAGUUCAUACCAGUCUUGCAGAGAGGAUCGCACCAUUCCACGAGAAAUCGACUUAAUUGGAGGACAUGAUAAAACUGUAAUUGUCCUUAAUAUAGGUUGUCAUUUUAGGUCUUAUCCAGUUCACCACUUCAUCAGGAGACUCAUCAACAUUCGAAAGGCAUUGGUGCGUCUUUUCCGACGAAGCCCUCAAACUAAGGUUAUACUUAAAGCAGAGAACCUUAUGUCUUCAAGCAUUACUCAUGAAUUAAAUUCCGAUUUCCAUGGUCUUGUUCACUACUUUGUAUUUGAACUUAUCUUUAAAGAUCUAAAUGUUGGAUUUGUAAAUGGUUGGGACAUGACAAAUGCAUUUGAUGCAAACAAUGUUCACCCCCCUCCAGAAUACAUUCAAAAUGAAGUUGAUUUAUUUAUGACUUACAUCUGUUAAUGAACCCAUUAAACACUUUUCAUAAUGCUAUGAAAUUAGGGCUUUAGCAGUAAUGUUAGAAGUGUUCAAAACACCUCAUACAACCCAACAGGUUGACUGGGUAGUUGCCACAUUUUUAGAGGUGCACCUAUUUCCAGGGAAAUCUGCAGUGCUUUUUAUUUAUGUCAGUACCAAACAACCCUUAGGCAAGUAACAAUCAUUUGAUCUUGACUAAAAAAUGUCUUGUGUGAUAUUUGUUAUUUAGGCCCAACUAAUUAUGUAAGUAAGUAAGUAAAAAGCUGUGCAAACCUAGCAGAAUAAUUAGUAUACAUGAAUAAAAUAAGUAUUUUUACUAACUAUGGUAGUCUUACACAUACACAUUUAUGUCCCUCUUGUGAUUUUCUUAUGAUGCCUAAGACUACCAUCUUGCCAGAACUGGAUCUGGGCAUAUUGUGAAAAACAGGUGACUGUGCUUUGUACCUUGCCCAGUUUUUUUAAUAGUUCCACCACCUACUGUACAUGUCCUUACAGUAAAGGUGUUGCAUUACUAUGUAUGUAUUCAUAUUUAGUUUAAAAUGCUUUAUUUUUCUAUUGCAACUUUUGUGGAUGUUUAAAAAUAAAAUAAUAAAAUAAUAAAAAUAAUUUUUAGAGGUAUGACCACAAAAGUUAUACAGACAUAGAAAAAAACCCUCUGCAAUCAUUUUUAAUAUAUCAAUGACAUUAAGAUAUUUUUCUCAUUUAACUAUUAUAUUUCUUCGCCUUUAAACAAAACAGGGAGUGUUGUCCGUGUAUUGAAAUAUCUUUUCAAGCUGGCCAACUACAUCAGUAAUCCCUAUUGUAGCCUGUCCUACACUGACUUAAAAGGACUUAUUUGCUUUCUACUAUUUUAUAAUGCAUUUUUCAAAAGGGCUACAUUUUACCUGCAACUUUUUUCAACAUUCAAAAGCCCCAAGUGGUUGCCAUUUAUAUUCUCACCCCCCAGCCUGUGUAUCAGAUUAGCAAUUAUAAUAACGAAUUGUUGCGUGCCUAACAAAUUAGCACAAUGAUAUUACCUUUACCUCCCAUUUUAAGCCCUAUAAAUGACACUUUAUGAUAUGAUGUGAAGUGAGCAAUGAUUACAAAUUAUACAAGAACCAUUAUAUGCAAAUUCAUGUUGGUUUUACAAGGCAUAAUUAAGGAAGCAUAAAAUUGUCAACUAUCAGAUUUUGUAAAUAAAAAUAAAGAGAAAAUACAUCUAAGCCUUAUUUUAUAUGGAAUUCCAUCUCCUCUGACUAUAAAGCUAUAACUGUGUGUAAAGCACUAGUGUUAGGACUCGUGGGAAUUUUUUAUUUAAGCGAAACUAUCAUGAAAACAAGCAUUUUAUAUAAUCUUCAUCUCAUGGUAAUUAAAAAACAUUUAAUUAAACUUUCAAUUAAGUAUAAUGUACUGUUUCUAAAACAAUCAAUUUACUCUUUAC